AUGAUUCUACGAUCGUUACUCGUCAUCACGGCACUGGUUGCCCAUCAGGCUCUUGCCUUCCAGUUCAUGAAAGGAUGGAAGGUCCCCAAGAGAGACCGUGCGCAGGAAGCUGCCGUCGAACAGUUUGGAGACAAGAAGCUUGCCGUGAUUACUGGAGCGUCCACCCCACUGGGAGAAAAGACGAUCCAAGAUCUGUUGGCUUCUGGAGAGUUUCAUGUCAUUGGUGCCUAUGCCAACGCCGACGAUGUCCAAAAGGCAGAAAAUCGAAAAAACUUGACCCCACUGCUCUGCAAUUUGGAAUCGUUGGACUCGGUCCGAGACUUUUGUUCCCAAGUGCACGAAUUUCGAGGAUCCAAGACAUUGGAUCGAUUGGUGUGUCAAGCCGGGAUUACAUGUGACAGCAUCGACCCCGUCUUUACGCUCGAUGGACACGAAAAGACGCUCCAAGUCAACUUUUUGUCACAAUACCUAUUGGCCAGCAAACUCUUGGAUGGAAUGGUCGACUCGAUGGAAGCUCGCAUGACGCUCGUGGGGGACGGCAAUACAGAAAUUGCCGACCUGGCCGAUCUCAACGGAUUGAGAGCCGGAUUCCGAAAUCCCAUUGCCACUUUGGAUGGAUCUACCAGUUUUAGUGCCCCCAAGGCGUGUGCCGAUUCGGUGCUCUGUCAAAAGCUGUUGGCAAACUUUUUGCACACCAAAUAUCACAAGCUCACGGGAGUUGUCUUUAACAACCUCAACGGUAUCAGCAAGGAAGAACUUGUGACCGAACUAGUCACUGGAGCUGCAGGAGCACAAUCCGGUGUCUCCUUGGCGCUGGAUGGCAACACUCUGGUGGACGAAGAUACGAUCAGCAGUGAACAAUCCAAGGAAAAAGCCUAUGACAUUGAUGCCGCUUUUCAACUGUUUCAACUUUGCAAUGAAUUGGUCGAUACUGAAUGGCCCGCCAUUAAGCAGAUCACCAGUCCUUGCCCAACCUUGAAGGUCAUUGGCGCCAUUACCAAGAACAAUGUCAAGAAGGAAGAACUCAAGCGAAUGAAGCAAGGAAGACCCGGCAUUUCGGAACCCGUGGAAGAGCUGGCACAGAGAAUAACCAAACGACAGAGGGUAUCGGCAUUUGCUCAACGUGUGGUUGGUACCAUCCUUGGCCAGACUGUGGGACGCGUAGCUCGAUUUGCUGGCAAGCGCAUGCUGGGACAUGUCCCCGACACGGCACUGAAAGGAUCCUUUGACGCUACGGCGGGUGGUGAUGCAACGGAAAUCUUGGACGAUGAGGAUGUCGAGGAAAUUCAGUCACUCAUUUCCGAGCAGUUGUCCAAGGAAAAGAAGAAGGAUUUUGGCGACAAGAAACUUGUCGUCAUGACGGGAACUUCGUCUGGUCUUGGACGCAAGGCAGCUCUUGCAUUGCUUCGAACUGGAGAUUAUCAUGUCAUUGGCGCCGUCCGAGAUUUGGAUAAGAUGGAAGCAGUAGCCGAUGUUGAUGGGUUCGACUUGGACAACUUUACACCCAUGUACUGCGAGAUGAACUCCUUUGACUCUGUUCGUCAGUUCUGCAAGAACGUUGAUGAGUUCAGGGGCAGCAAACCAAUCGAUCGUCUGGUGUGCAACGCCGGUGUUUACCAGCCUACUCUUCCCUAUGCAAAAUGGAGCAAGGAUGGACACGAACAAACCAUGCAAAUCAACUUUUUGUCUCAUUUCCUGAUGAUCAGUGAACUCAUGACAUCCAUGGAGGGCUCUCCUGAGGCUCGUGUGACCAUGGUUGGAUCAGUAACAGGUAACGACAACACUGUUGGCGGAGGAGGUGUCUACCCUAUUGCAGAUCUUCAUGAGCUGGAUGGAUUGAAAGCAGGUUUCAAUAAACCAAUUGAGAUGGCGGAUGGAUACGGCUUCAACGGGGCAAAGGCCUACAAAGAUUCCAAGCUUUGCUUGAUGAUGUUGGCCAACUUCUUGCACACGAAAUACCACAAGACAACUGGAAUUGCUUUCAGCAGUAUGUACCCAGGAUGUAUCGCCGAGUCGCCUCUGUUCCGUGAAAAGAGACCCUGGUUCCGAAAAUACUUUCCCAUCUUCAUGAAGUUCAUCACCGGUGGAUUCGUUGGAGAGCACGAAGCAGGACAGCGUUUGUUCCAGGUGGUUCAUGAUCCUCGUUGCGUAAAGUCGGGUGUCUACUGGUCAUGGAAUGGUGGCCCCCGAGAAGGACGAGGAGCCGAGGCUAUUGAGAAGGGAGGACAAAUCUCUGGAGGUGGUGGAGCUGGAGGCGGUUGGGAUUCCAUUUUCGAAAACGACCAGUCAAGCAAGGUGUUGAACAUUGAUACUGCUUACACCUUGUUUUCCCAAGCAAGCAAGAUCACUGGAGCCGACUGGCCUUACGAGCAAAGCCAACAUUUGGAGGUGAGCACCAGCAGCACUCCCUUCAUUGAUGUGGUUCCUGGUAGCACCUUGGAAAGCGCCACCAACAAAAACAUGACCGCAGCCCAGUCAUGA